ACUUAAAUGUUCACAUUUUGUUAACUGUUUCAUUAUAAUUUCAUUUUAUUGGUUUUGCUAAAUUUGUCAAGUAGAUAUUUUUAUUCGUUUCGAACAGAGAGAAGAAAAUGAAUACAUUCCAAUGAUUGGCUCACUUUUACAGCAGUUGAUCGACUAAAUCAAGAAAUUUACAACAGGUCUGUGUGUCUAUUAGCUAGAUUGUCAUAUAUUGAUAAGGUGGAGAGAAAAUAACUACCGGAAAACCAAAAAUAGUUCACGUCAAAUUGGAAAUUCUUUGCGUAUGCACAACCGACUUAUAUAUGUAGACUGAACUGACUAAUUUGGCCAAGUGACUCAGAACUUGAGUUUUUCGAGUGCGUAGGAAGCCGACCUAUAUACGAUUAGAUAAGAGAAACAGUGAGAGAAGGAAACAUAUAUAUAUAUAUAUAUAGAGUUAAACACAGAGAACGUCAAGAGAACAAAACCAUUUAACGCUCUACAGAAGCUUUUCAGGAAGAAUAUCUAUAUAAUGGACAAUACUUCGAGGAAAGUUGCCUAUACCCCUCCACCUGGAGAUUUCAGUGGGGAUUUGGAAAAAUUCUCAAAUUACCUGUACAAUCAAUUGUCAACAGGUAAUCCCAAUAGGAAUAUUAUCUUUUCACCCUUCUGCAUACAAACCUGUGCGGCCAUGUUGCUUAUGGGUGCGGAAAAGGGUACGGAAACAUUUGGCGAAUUGAGAUAUGGCCUACAGUUUAGUUCAGAGAAUUGUGAGGAUAUUGCCAGUGAAUUCGAUACUAUAUUGACAGCAUAUCAGCAGUUGAAUACAUUGAAAACUGCGAAUAAAUUGUACCUUAUGAAAGGUUUGAGCAUUCAGAGGAAAUUUGAAAAUCUCUUAACUCAGAAAUUUCAUUCAAGACCGGAGAGUCUCGAUUUUGCCAAUAGUUUAGAAUCAGCUGAACAUAUUAAUGACUGGGUAGAAUCGCGUACCAAUAAGCUAAUCAAAGGAAUAAUUAAGCCCGAUUCAUUAAAUUCCCAGACUCGUCUCAUUCUAGUCAAUGCCAUACACUUUAAGGGCGAAUGGGAGAUUAAAUUUAAUGAGAAAAAUACACUCGAGGAUGAUUUCUAUAUAAACGAAAGCCAAAGGAUAACAGUGCAAAUGAUGCAUUUGGAAAAUACUUUUCUUUAUGCCGAAUUAAAAGACUUGGAUGCCACAGCAUUGCAAAUGGACUACAAGGAUUCGGAUUUAUCCAUGCUAAUAGUAUUGCCGAAUACACGGACCGGUCUAAGGCAUGUGGAAAAUAAAUUGCAAUCGACUUCAUUGAAGAAAAUUACCAAUCUAUUGACAGAAACGCCAGUUGAUGUCAAAAUACCUAAAUUCAAAGCUGAAUUCGAGCAAGAACUUUCACCAGUUUUCCAAGUGUUAGGAAUAAAGCGCAUAUUUUCCAAUGAUGCUGAACUUGGCAAAAUCAUAACAACUGAUGAUCCUGUCAAUGUUUCUCAAAUUUUGCAUAAGGCAUAUAUUGAGGUCAAUGAAUUGGGCAGUGAAGCUGCAGCAGCAACUGCUAUGAUUGUGAUGGUUAGAAGUAUGCCACUUCCGCCACCGAAACCAAAACAAUUUUAUGCCAACAAACAAUUUUACUACACAAUAUUUCAUCGUUCCCAUGGUCAUUUGUUUGCGGGGAAUGUAGUUACUCAAUUUUCUGCUCCUGCUGUUCCUUCUGAUGAGUCCUGUAGUUGUGAAAAAAAUUGAAAUUUCAUGGAGAAUUUUCUUUCUACUUGCAUCUAGAUGUUAUCAAAGAAGGAAGCAGUCAUAUAAAAAUCACGUUUGAGGCAAAUCGACCGUUUU